UGCCUUCCAACUUGUAGUAGGAGGGUAGCGCGACUGAAUGAAUGAAUGAAUGAUCUUGAAAAUAUUUCUCAAAAACAUAAUGUUGAUUAUGAUUACCACGAGAAGUAGACCGUAGUUAUCUCUGAGUAUGACAAGUUACCCUUUGGAAGAUUGAAUGAAUUUAAUAGACUUGUUACUUAGCAAGAAGAGGACCACUUAGAAAGACUAAGUGCUGAAGAAGAUUGACAUAUAUCGAUAUCCAUUUUUAUCUAAUCAUUAGAAUGCCAACAAAAACAAAAUGAUGGUAUUUGAUUUCCUACGACGACGUAAAUUGAUUUAUCUGUCCUUGUUAACGGCAGAAUGGUCGUUUGGGUGUCUACUAACACCAUUAAAUGGACCAGGACGAGCUCCUUGCUUAUUUGCUUCGGCGGCCGGUUUCGGCCACGAUCCGGAAGCGAGAGAGAAUACUAGAGAGGGAAACCCAGUUAGUAACUUGAUUGCCGACGUGGCCAGGUAUUCGGUUUCCAAGCUUCUAAGAUCGGAGGACGAACGAACAGAAGAACCUUUGCCGCAACUACCUGCUUCUGAAGAUCAUGAAGGCGGGUCUGGGCUUCUCAGGUCGGACGAAGCUUCUGAAGAUAGAGAGUAUGAGGAUGAAUGUGAAGCAUCUGCAGAAGAGGAUGAAGAUGAAUGUGAAGCAUCUGCAUCUGAGGAAAUUGGGGUUUGUCUUACUUCUGGUUUUUUAGGUGGACUAGAAGCUCUGGAAGAUGUUCAGCCUGUGCCUGAAGUUGAUGUUGAGCAGCAGCUUCAAAUACCAUCAACACUUCCAACGAAUCUUCCCGGACGAGAAAAUCCUGGCGAAAGUGGGAUCUUAGCGGAAGGGACAAGAGGACGAACACGAAAAGUGGAUCGUGAUCCUGUUAAGGCUCUCACUAACUCAUCUUUCACUUCAUCCUUGAAAUAUAGUAUCAAGGAGUAAUAUCGGCGGAGAACAAGACUCACGACCCAACAUAGGUACUGUUCGAGGAUGCACUUGAGAGAUGAUGAUGAACGGCGGACAGUUCUACUAAUUCUGGCGCUGGCGGAGCGCCCAGGAGAGAGUACGUGGAAGAAGCAAGCGCUACUGGCUCAGAUCGUCAACCUGACCACCACGAGGGACAAUUAGGUACUGGUAGUUGUCCGCAAAAGCAAACAAUAUGCAAACGCAUCUUUUCCACAACUUUGAAACUAUUAAAAGACUGGAGCUGGUGCUGGUGGGCAGCAAUCGCCAACUGUCGAAUCGGGGGCAAAACGAAGGAUAGUCGCGGUGUUGAGGACCAGUCUGAGGUGCAGGCUGGAAGCCUUGUCGAUAGCUGGGGUUACGAUGCAGAUGCCGAAGAUGAUGAAGAGUCCGGAAGUCAGUCUUCUAUUAAGGCAGCUUCUAAGUAGUUUUCGGAGUUUAACGUACGUGCAGAACAAGUAGACUUUUGUUCCUUCUAUCGUUAUUUUUCUAAUAUCUCCCCGACGAUUAGAAAUAAGGAUGUCGUCGAACAUAUUCAAGUAGGGAAAGCAUUACAGUCCUCAAAAUGAAUGCCACAGAACAAGGAUGACAAUUACAUACACGUUUAGUUCAAAGAAAAAGUAGAACUAAAAAGAAAACACUACAAGUACAACCUCUAAAAACGUACUAUCUGGUGCUGAAUCAUUGAAUACUUGGUACUCUAGUGGCCUGUGUGAUGAAGAGACAGAGACACCAACGACAGCACCGCAUCAACGUCAAGUGGAAAGAUAUAACAUCGCCGACGAGAGUCAAAACCCGGAUGACUACUGUUCUGGCCAGAAGAACGACCACGAGAGCGAGAAUCGUCACGGCCCACUGAAGAUUAAGGGUUUCCGAAGUGCAUUCCUCACUACCAUUCCUGACCCUUUUCCUAGUAGAAAAGAGGCCAGGGAAGAUGUGCUGAAGAGUGUAAAAAUUCCGUAACCUCUAAAAAGAAGGAGCGGCCAAGGACAUGCGAAAUUUUUUCUAUAAGCAAUCGUUGUACACCUUCAAGAAGUGCAUUGGAGGUGCAUGAUUGGUACCACGCGAAGAAGCCAGUUUCUGAAGAUGUCAAACCAGGUGCACAUCAUACUGAAGGAGAGGAUGCAAGAUGCACGACUUGGAAGGCACCACCAGAGGCAGCAGAAGACGGGGAAAUAGAUUAUGAGUAUAGGAAAUCCAUCUCCAAAGUCAUCUGGACUAAGAAAAUAAGAAGGAAAAGGAACCCAGAUGAUUUGUGAGAUGAAUUCCCGAUACCUCUAAAUGAAAGAGCAGGACGAACACGAAGGAGCUUUAAGAGAAGAACUGUUGACAGAAAGACACGACCUGCAAGAAGAACAGGAAAUAGAUGUGGAAAUACCUUGCCAAGAAGAAGAAGAAGAAGAAGCAACAGCUCCACCCAGGAACGCGCCCAGAAGAGGAGGAAAGAAAACUAGCGCUGGCCAUAGUCAUAGUGUGAUCCAACACCGAUCGCGGCCACAACGACAUCUCCGGAGGUCAUCUAGGCCACGACUGGGAAGCUUAGUUCUGUUCUACAUCAUGCUGCUCUGGUCUUCCUUUCAACCACAGUAUCUUCACAACUACACUAGGGAUGUUGGCCUACUUUCACUUUCAAGACCUGGCGAGCGUCAGCAUGACGACCUGCUCCACAGGUCGUGUGCCAUCAUUGGAAACAACAUUAACAUUACUGGAAAGAAUAAUGAGAAUAUCUUCGGCAGAAGCUUCACUGGAAAGCCUGAAUAUGAAGAUAUCAUGCGCAACUACACCAACAAUAGCCACGAGCACGAGCACAACGACCACCGCCACGACACAUGUUCAGUAAUUAAACGACGACAAGAACAUCAACAACACGGAGCACCACAAGAAGUAGGAGCACAACAAGAAGCAGGACCACGACAAGAUCAUGAAGAACUAGAAGAGCAAGCAAGUGGGCGGAGUGCAUCAAGGAAGUCAAACAAGUCAUCUACUUCUACUUGUUCUACAGCGCCAAUAGAACACCACUAUUCUACUGAGCUGAAUUUAACGGUUUUAGAACAACAACAAUUGCAACAACAAGCACAGCAGACACAAGUCGAUGACGGCUUUUUGACUUGUUUCGAUGAGCAGGAGGAACGAAAAGAAGGCGUCGAUGAGCUGGAAAUCGAAACAGAUAAGACAAAAGGUGUGGUCGCUGAGCGGGAGGAAAGCGAAAGAAAAGAAGCGUCAUCUGUCGAUAACAAGCACGCACAAAAACAUCAUCAAGAGAUGCUCAUACCGGAAGCGCAAGAACCGCUUGAUUUUAAAUUUAGCACUAGGAAACUUCAAGCACAUGUUGUACCCGUGUUUCACUCUCCUCUGUCUUGUAGGAGAGUGUCGCUGUCGUUUACAUUACGUAUUCACGAUUCAGAUUUUUUCGUCUCUUUUACUUUUUGUCCCGAGAGGAUCCGACGACUUUUGCUGGGUCCAGCGGCAACUGGUGCAUUGCUGGCUAGUGGAUUGGCAAUCAGUAUUAUCAACUACGUGCGUGCAAGGCUGCAGAGAGCAGUGGAUGUUGGAGCAUCUACUACAUCUAACGUCGGAGAACAACAACAAGUAGGCAUACUUUAUUCUUGUUGUAGUUCUUCCUGUCUGACUACUGGAGCUGCCUCUUCAUCGUCCUGUAGUAGUCCCAGUGGAGCAGCAUCUAAGUCAUCCUCUAGUAGUUCUAGUCCCGGAGGAGGAUCUUCGUUUUUGUGCGAUGGCAGUGCUUGGAAAAGCACGCCCAGCUGGUGUACUCGUCCUAAACAAGGCACGUUGUCCUCGGCAAAAAUGGCAGGUGAUAUUGAUGAAGACGACAUCAAGAAGGGAAAAGGAGAAGCCGAUGACAUAAAAAAAGGAACUCCUCCUGCAUCAAGCAAAACGUGUCAACCUUUCUUGACCGAUGACCCUGAUCUAGCAUCAUCUUCUUCUUCUAGUAUGCCACUUCAUCCACUUACGUUGGACAAGCAAGAUUCAAACUGUCCUCGAAGCAGCAAAGCUUCUCUUAUGAGUGUAGGGAAUUCAUCUCUAAAGUCGUCCUCUGGAAGGAGAAACCAACAAGAGAAAGCGAUCCAGAUGAUUCCUGAGAUGAAUUUUUUCCUAGUAUGGAUGCCUCUAAUUAUCAACGUCAGCUUACCACUAUCACUUGUCCUUCUCCAAGUCUUUCGCCAAAUUUUUCAGAGAAAGGUGCUGGAGGCGUCCAAAGUACAACUCUUCUCCCUUCAGCUUCCUCUUGUCUUGCUGGAGGUGCUGGUGCUGCUGCUGCUGCUGGAAAUGAUGAAGAUGAAGAUGAAGAUCAACAUAUCAUGUCAUAUCAUAUGACGCCAGUGGCGAGUGGACAACAAGAUGCAGUAGAUAUGACCACAAUACUUCUGAGUGCGGAACAACGUGAAGAUCUAGAUCUAGAUGUACCACCUUGCCAAGAUGAAGUAGAUUUUCCUCGAUUGGGUCGCGGACAACGAGAUCCAGACUCACCUACAGUACCUUUAUUAAGGGUUGCCACAUUGCAUUCUUCACUAUCAUCCUUGGCCAUUUUUCAAGGGGGGAAUAGGCUAAGGAUGUUCUGAAGAAUGCAAUUCGGCAACCUUUAACUUUAUUACGAGAAGUUCCCGAUCACAAAAAUUCUGCAGCCCCAGUUCCUGGUGGUCCUGGCAGUCAUAGUCCUAGUCAUAGUUGUGUUAAGUGUACGACUGAGCCCCCUAGCAAUGAUAAAGAAGUUCUUCCUGCUGCGCAUUUACUCGAGUUGAGGAAGAUCCAGAAGAGUAAUCUGAUUGAUUCAGAUCAUGUGGCGACAGCAGUACCUCCAGACUCCAUGACGUCUCCUAUUUCUUGUGCUGCAACAGAGGCACCUCCAGCGCAGGACUUCACGUGUAGGAGUACUAGUACUUCUUGUGCUCUAGAAGUUGUAGAAGCCGCGGAAAAAAGUGGUGUAGCGAACAAUGCGGGAUUGUUCGGAGUAGAACAGAUGACGGUACUGGAUGGAGUGCUCGAUAGAUAUAAUUCCCUCCAAGUGGAUUCCCUUCAUUCGGUUCGCCAUUCUGUACCUGUCGUCGGGAAUCAUGGAGCUCCUCCUGGACAAGGGAAUGAUGGUGAAGAAGGUCCUACUGCAGCAGCGUUUAGUACUGUGAAGGAAGAUGGACGAAAGGAGUUGCCCUCGAACUCGAUUGCUCCUUCUUUCAGUUGUUCGUUUUCUUCUGUAGCUAGAACAGCAAAAGAAGCACAGGAAGAACAGGGUCAAGGUGAAGAUGAAGACAAAGAUGAAGAACGACCACCAGCAGCACAAGAGGGUCAGGACAAAAAUCAGGGACGAAAGUGUUAUGAGGAUACCGACCCUGGUGCUGUGCCUGUGGAUAUCAUGCCGAAGACUAAAAGAACGCCUUUGAUGUUGUGCGAAGAAGAACCUAAUGCUUCCAAAUCGACUAGUUCCAAAAGCCUCUCCGAACUUAUCCGCAGGAACGCUUAUACUCUUGCUGCAGAGAUAAAGUUAAGGCCUAUUUGCUUUUGCUAUCUCCCCUGUUCGUUGUAACUAAGGAGUCUAAGAAUAAUUCCUUUUGAAUUUUGUUUUGGGAAAAACUAAACACCGAGAUUUUUAAGGUUUUCCAGAAAAGAACUCCUCUCGCACCAAUAGAAAUUCUGACCGUAAUAUAACUAAUAUGAGAAUAUCUAGUAGUAGAAGGUGUAAGAGGUGCAGUUUAAUAUGAAAUACGAACAGCCUUAGCCCAAGCUGCUCUAAGAUGAGCCGUGGUCGUAAGUAGGACCGAGUUAAACGAUGAAGAUGUGGAUUGCACUUACAGUUCGAACAGCGGCACGAGUCAAGUUCAAAGGCCUGCGGAAGAGUCAUCCUCUGCUUCUUCAUCCGGUGUCCGAGAGCAACAACCACUCGGCACAAGUUCAAGCAGUCUCUUGCCACCUGUAUCCUCUUCGAGCGAACGUAUUUACUUUAACGGAACAGCUGCUCCGCCUUCGCCGUAUGAUGGUAACGAUCAAUUUGAACAAAUAUGGGGACGACCGAUGGAUCCAGCUCCAGCUGCAACAACGCAAAAUGGUCAUAAUAUCGAAGAGCGCCCACCUCUGAUCACGGCUUCGCCUGGACCUCCUGUGUUGAGUCUUAGUAAUGCUGCCGCUUCCUCAGUAGAAGUGCUAGAAUCGCAGGACCGACAGCAGGGUGGAGCAGGGUGGAACCCGCUAGAAAAUCCGAGAAAUCGCAGGAACCAGGAAGAGACUGGAACUGGUGCUCUGAGGAGGAGUAUUUUCUUUGCUCCAGGGUCAAGAGAUGCAGAUGGUGACAACUACAAAAAAGAGCCACUUCUACCAGAACAUUUUGUUCCUGCUGAGGGGAAAAUAGAAAUACCAAAUAAGUACAUCUUGUUCUGGCCUUUUACUUCUGCGUUUUCUAGCAAAGAAUCAGGAGUAGAUGAAGAUGAUAGUCAUAGUGAUAGGGACGCAGACCAUGGUGAUAGAGAUGCUGUUGACGCGAAUGGUGGAGGUUCUCUGAAAUUUACUGUUGGAGCAUCAAGCUCAACAGAUUCAAAUUAUAGGCUUCCAAGUUCGACCGAGACUGCACUUCUUGUUGGCGCUGUUGCACUUCUUUGCGCCUUUGGGGGACUCAGCAUUGCACUACUCCUUGUCGCAGUAUGAAGAUCUGCCUAGAUAUCUGAGGACUUCGGUUUUGAUGUUGAUUUUGAUGUCCUGUGAUAUUUGUUUAUCCUCCUUGAAUUCGAUAACUUUUUUUUUGCAGAUUAAUCGCAACUACGACUUAAUAUUUGCAAAACGUCUAACUACAUGCUUCAAAUGAUCAAGCUGCACAUUAACAUGCAACAUCUACUUAUGUACUGCUCACAACAUUUUUCUCCCAUACUUUACAAAUUUCCUAGAUUGUUUGUUUGUAUUGAUGCGCCCUGGGCAACGCAUACGAUCAUCUUGCCGGAUUUCUUUUUUUGUUUCGUGUGUUUUGUGCUAUGGUCGCCACAAUUUCAUAGAUUAGAUAUUAUGGACUUCGCUUUCACUACUAUGACUAAUACUAUAUUCAAUUCCAUUUGAAUGAACAUGAAGAUUUCAAACUUUUAUCCACGUCAGUAAUCCGUGUAACAUCAUUGAGCUCUCCUAAUCCCAAAUAGAAAUUUCUAGUAAAAAUUGAUCUAGUAGAUCAGGAUGAUUGAUAUAAUGGUUGAUUUCUUUUUUACAAUUUUUAAAAUUUACGUUAUCGUCACUCACAAUCACAGCAUAGGGUCGACUCUAUUGGGCAUUGGGCUUCAGAUAGGGUCGACUCUAUUUGGCUUAUCGACACUACUUUACGUUGUUUUCUUUUGUGAGGAAGUGUUGGUCUUGAAGAUGAAUCAAAAAUAUUUAUAGUAAUAGAAUAGUCUCAGGACGUGGUGGCGCAGUCACUGCAGCCGCGAGCCCGGUCUCCGUUCAAUUCGUGGGGGCCCUAUGAAUGAAUGAACUCGCAUCUGUUUCUGUACUGAAAACUAAGAUAAUAAUUCUUGUACAAGAACAUCUACUUCUACAUCAUAAGUAUAAGUAGGACAACUAAUAUGAAUAUUAUUUUGAUUAUGAUCGCAGUCGCGCAGGGGAGGUCGCUUCCUCAUCAUGUGGACGAUAGUAUUGUCCUCAAGAAUUCAUUGUUUCUGAUGCUAAUAAAUCCCAUCCAUGCGCAUGAGAUAGAGAAGAAGAAGUGGAUCAAUUCUAUCCUAUUCUAAGAACAAGAAAAUUAUGCUGGAAGAUGAACAAU